AUAGCUCUCUCAACACCUACCCACCUUGCACCCCACAACUUGAAACGCCUUCCCGUGCUCCUCUUCACCACCCCGAGAACCGCCACGAAAACGACACCAGCACGGUGGGGAAAAUACCAGCAAAUUACAUUCUUCGCGAGUGGAGAAGGUCCGCCAUGGAGCCCCACCGACUCUACAGUCCUAUCGAGACCGCUCUCCUGUGCCAUGAGCCUAUUGCCAGCUCCGUCCUUGGUUACCUCGCUGUUCAUGAAGUGGUGAUUCUAGCGAGCACCUGCCAUCCACUCCGCGCCUUCCUGUUCUCUCACUCCGGCUACUGGCACGAGACAAAUCUGUGUCCGUGCCCACCCGAGCUGGCUCUCAACCCGAGAGUCAUGAGAUGGGACGGGCCGACCGAAAGGCUGGAUCACUGGCGCCACAAGCUGCUCAGCGUCUACAAAGCCCCAUACAAUCGGGCCGAUGACUACGAGCUUCUCACCAUUUUUCUGCGAACCCUCUUUGUUCGGAAUCUGGCGCCCACCAUUCAAAUUACCAAGGUUGUUUUCGACGGCUUGCCGAUUAAGCGGGACAUAUUUUUCGAGAUCAUCGAUAGGCUGUGGGCUUGCUUGCGGGUGCUGAGUGUUAGGGGUUGCACUGACCUGGAGAUCUCCGACUUUAUCAAGCUGUUGGACUUUCAAGAGCCCACGCAUCAGAGUCUCUUUCCGCCCAAUCUCAAGAAGCUCUCUGUGCGUUGUACGCUGUCCGGGAACUUUUGUCCGAUCGGGCGUUGCUAACGGGGCGCAGUGUUUUGGCACGGUAGUGUACGACCAUCCCUACGAGAUUCGGGCCAUGACUUUGAGUCAUCAGACGAGGAAGUCGUUGCAACUGUCGCUUUCCCAUUUUCGCUCACUCUUGAUUGCCCGGUCUCUCGAGUGUGACAUCGGCCCGUGUUUGGAGUGUGAGGAGAAGAGAUUGGGGCUGCGUGGGGGCGAUAUCUGUGCCAAUUGUGGCGUAGCCGAUAGCACUGUGCGCUGCAUUACCUGUGAGGGCACGGAGAAUGCACGGAGAAGAUGCGCUAGUUGCCGGAGGUGCGCCCCAGCAUCCAUAUAUUUAGGCGACCCGACAUGUACUAAUGGAGAGUCCUUAGGGGAUUUUGUUCGCAAUGCCGUGAUAAAAUCAUGGAAACACCCUUGCCCGGUGAGGCCGCUUGCUGCAAGGAGUAGGAGGCCCCCAAAUUCGUCCUGAACCUCUGAGCUGACAGCGAUUUAGGUGCUUUGAGCGCGUCUCCUCAUUUCCCGGUUGUGUCAAGUGCAACCGGGUAAUGAUCCCAUCAACUGAUUAUCCCUUGGGCAAAGACCACGGCAUAACCGGGUCCUUACAGGAUGUUUGCGGGCUUUGCCAUAAGUGGAUGUGUACGGCGUGCAUUGAAAGCGAACACCCAAACAGGGAUGGAGAUAGUAAGCGAUGGACAAUUCGCCAAUGCACAAACUGCUUCAAUAGCAUAUGUAAGGUUGUUGGAGAUAUCACCAACCCCCCAGAAAAAUUGCCGAUGUUAAUGGGAAGACAGGAAUGCGGUGAAAAGUAUAGCGAGGAAGACUACGAGAAAGCUCUCAACCUACCCGCCGUCAGAGAGGCGGUUUCCCUGCGCACAUUCUACCAAGAGGCCACCUAUGCUUUAAUUCAGACUCCGGUCCCCGAUGCAACAGUCUCGGUUGCGGGAGGGAAGAAUUACACUAUUAGCUCAGAAUCCGCUAGUGUCAUGGCUUAUGGCAGAAUCCAAGAGGUUGGCCCGCCGGCAAUACGUAACCUGGUUACGCAACGCGCAGAAACCUGGAAACCUCUUAUGCCCCCUUGCGAGGAAUGUGAGCAAUGGUGGUGCUGGGAGUGCCGUCUCCGGUGCACUUGUCCAGAAUCUGAGACAGACGCAGAGCUCCCGAACGGGAAUGCCGAGUCCUCCAACAACGCGGACAAGACGCCCGAGACCGUUGGCUGGAGCGAAAUGGAUUCUGAGAGCUUAGACGGGAUGGAUGAAGACUCCGAUGAGGAACCCGUUGAGCAGAGACAGUAUCGGUGCUUGGUCCAUAAUAGUCAGUAAUAAAAAAUAAAAACUCCGGCAUACCCCCCCUCCUGUCGCAUCUACUAAAAGUAAGUUCCAGAAGCCCUCCACAACAUCAACCCUGACAACGAAGAGUUUUGCUGGUCCUGCGGUCUCUGGCCACGCGAAUACACAGACGGGCACCAAAGCCAGGACCAACAACACACCAAUCACACAACCAGCGCUUCCCCAAGUCCCGUCACUGAUGGUGGUGCCAACCCUGGAGAAGACGAAGACAUGAACUCUAGCGAUGAGUGGGAGUGGUACUCCCAUCGCUCUCACGAUUCGGUCGCAAGUUGGGACCCGUAA